GACGGGAACUGGCACAAUGGACGGGGAAUCACAGCACAUUUUUAGCAAAAAGCUGACACUGGAUUCACCAAAGUCCCCAACAGUUCUACCAUGGGACCGAUUCUCAAACUGGCUCCAUUGUGUCUGUGUUGUGACGUUUGAUUUGGAGCUAGGCCAAGCAAUGGAGCUGGUGUAUCCUGGACAUGUAAAAUUAACUGAGAAAGAGAAAAUGAACAUAUGCUAUUUAUCAUUCCCGGACUCUAAUUCAGGAUGUAUGGGUGACACACAGUUCCAUUUUCGAAUACGACAGUGUCCUGGAAGAAAGCAAACUAUAUCAGCACAUGCCCAGUACAAUAGGGACUGUCCAGUAUCAUUACAGUGUGACAAUGCAUCAUAUUAUGGAUAUGUGUUCUUUAGACAAACCAAAGACAAAUCAAUCAGAAGAGGAUAUUUUCAAAAGUCUGUUGUGCUAAUCUCAAAACUUCCCUUUGUGGCCUUAUUCUCCAAACUAGUCAGUAUUAUUGCCCCAGAGUACUUUGCAAAUGGAGAGCCAAGCUUAGAAGCAGCAUGUCAUGACAUCGAUCAGUGGCAGGCCCCUACACCUGGUGAUACAAUCAAUUUACCAAUAUUUGGCAGAGUUUUGCAGCCCAUUGUUCCUGCUCAUACCAUCCUGCCAACAUUACAUGAAGUAGAUAUUUUUAGUGCGUUCCGACCAAUUUUACCUCACAUUCAGAUGUUAUGGGAACUUGUUAUCACUGGAGAGCCUAUUGCUGUCAUGGCUGCCUCCCCAUCUGUAACAUCAGCUGCAGUACAAGCUCUUGUUAGCUUAAUAUCACCUCUGAAGUUUUGUUCGGAUUAUCGCCCAUACUUCACAAUCCACGAUAGCGAGUUCAAGGAGUACACAACCAAGACACAAGCUCCACCUCCAGUGAUAUUAGGGGUCACAAAUCCAUUUUUUGCCAAAACGUUGCAACACUGGCCUCACAUUAUACGUAUUGGAGAGAUGGGUGUUCAGUCAUCACCAAAGUCUUUCAACAAGCUGAAGAAAGGAGGCCUAGGGCUAAAGACACUAGAUUCAAAACCUGGUGUAUAUACAAGAUACAGGCCCUUUCUUGUCCGUGACAAAGUGUUCUUAAAGAAAAUUGUCAAGGGGACUCAAACCAAUCGACCAACAGAGGCUCAAAAUGCUUAUCUCCGGCGUUAUUUCUUGGAAUUGACACAGAGCUUUAUUAUACCUUUGGAGAGACACAUCUCAACCUUGAUGCCUUUGCAGCGCACAAUCUCACCUCACAAGAGCCCUCCACAGUUACGGCCCUUCGAUCCUGAUGAGUUUUUGCGGACUGUGGAACACUCUGGUCCCCAGCUAACAACAGGUGUAAAGGGAGAUUGGGAGGGACUCUACAGGAAGUUUUUCCGUUCCCACAACUUUGAAGGUUGGUUUUACCGACGUCAGCACGAGGUCAACCAGAAACUUCAGUUGGUUCACAUGGAAGCACUCUGUGAAGCAGAUUUGAUGGAAUGGAUAAGGGACAAGGAGGAAGUAGAAAUUGUUGAUUUAAUUCUAAGAUUACGAGAAAAACUGGCAUUUGCCACAGCGAAUCAUAUUCCAGUGAACCAGAAGAGUGUUGACAAGUUGCAGUCACAUUUAAACAGUAUCAUUUCCAGCCUACCUGAAGAUUUACAGUCAGUGCUGGACAGUUGACAGUCCUGUACAUCACAUGGACACAUGUGACAGUGUUACCAAGUGUGGUGUGUAGCAUGUAAUCUCAGUGGCUGACAGGUGUAAAUAACUUGCAGAGCUCUCUGGUGGUAAGUAGUGCACUGUCAAACAGGAUACAUGACUAGGUAGUGCUUGCUGUGAGGCCUUUCGAUGGAUGAAAGAAAGGAAUUCAGAAAUCUCCCUGAUGCCAGCUACUGUAGGUGCGGUCUGGCUGUAUUUUAUUCUGGCCAAGUCAGGGAAUAGCUCAACGAACUGUGCAAUGUUUCUUAAUUCAUUGACAUCGAGCCUCAGAAGUUUUUUGUAAUCUCAGAGCUUUUGAGACACCAAGUGGCAAAUUGAUGUACUAUGAUCUUGGAUUUACUCUUCGCUCUGCACAUCAUUUUGUGAGAAAUUGUUUUAUUUUUAUUGUGCAGUGUAAUGUAUACAUAUUAUAUAUACACAUAUAUUUAUGUAACCUUGUCCAUUGUGCCAAAUGUUUUUCUGUAUGUUUUGAGGUUACCCUGUAAGAUUCUGUUUUACUGCAAACUCGUUUAUAAUACUAAUGGCAUUAUGCUAUAUGACAUUAUCAUGGAAAGUAGGUUUUAAAGUAGGUCUAAACCUGGAAAUAUAUUUCAUUUUAAUGUUUUGAUAUUUUUUUUUCUGACAGACGCAAACUAAGGAAUAGCAAUUCAUAUAUUUUAAUCAUCGUUUUGUAUAUCUGCACUCUUUCUUAUCAUGAAAUCAGUGAAUAUGUAUCAUUCCUACAAUGUUGUAUUACAGUUUUAAUUAGAUAUAUUUUGUCACAUACUAUUAUCCAUUAUUAUUAGAUAUUAUUGAAAUAAAUGUUCUCAUGAUAAGUUAAAUGUAUUAUCAGUUGUAUUGAAGAUUGAUUGUUGGUUUUAGCUGUAUUAAGACUUUGCCCUUGACUACUUAAUCACAUUUUAACCUAUAAUUUAUUCAGAGAUGGAAAAAUAUUAUAAGAGGGAAAAAGUAGCAUAAUUUUUCCAAAUUAAAGAGUUACGUAGUCAGACAAAAUGCGUUUCCCAGUUGAAAUAUAUUUUCUCGAAGUUCAUUUAAGUCAUUUUUAAGGUGCUGAAGUAAAAUUGUUCUAUGGUGAUCUUCUCUUUAUUUAGCUGUUAACAUAUUUGAUAACACAAAUAUCCAAAAAGUCCAUUUUGUCACUAACACUUUCAAACAAAUCUGUUGGCAAAACAUCCUCAUUGGUAAGAGUUUCCAUUUUAUCAAGAAUUGUUUUCUUUUCUGUUACAUGUUUUAACUUAGUUGGUUUUAAUGCCUAAAUGAUUUAGUGUACAACAGCUAAUUUUUGUUUUCAUGGAUAUCAUUGGAAAGUACAAGUUAUGUGGCGAAAACAAUGUAGUGAGUGUGCUAUCUAAUUUUAUGCACAUAUGCCACUGUUCCUUUACCCAUUUUGUGAAAUUUAAAUCCAUAUAAGUAAAAUUAAAAUUUUACUCUACAAUGUUUUCUAUGUCUCAGUUUUCUUUUUACACUCUCCCUCUUUUAAGCUUAUUUGAAUCAUAUUUAAUAAUUGUCUUCUUUCAUGGAAGUUCUUUUGAAAACCAUCUUAAAGUCUUACUCCAUUUUGAAAAUAUUUCUUUUGAAACACUGCAGUUUUGAUCAGCAAAUGUACUACAGCCUUUAUCAAGGAUUUCUUUUGCAAGUGUACAUGACAUAUUCUGUAGUGUCUGAGGAAUUUAUAUUUAUAUGUACAUAUAUUUUUACCUCACAGAGUGAAAGCAUCAUUCAAAUUUUGAAUUCAGACUAGGGAAUAUGAUUUUUGGGGUUUAUGGUUUUGUUAUGUAGUGAACCUUUCCAUUUGACUGGAGGACUUGUGGUUUCUUUGUUCUGAAAUUUGACUACAUGAAUUAAGCGAGUGAAUCAGGGCCUGGAUUUCAGACAUGUUAUUGUGCUGCCAAGUUACAAUUGCCUGGUGCUCAGUAUGAUUGUUAAUUUGUGAUGAAAUCAGCCAAUAUGAUUAUUGUUGAAAUUUACCUACAUUAUAUUCUUCAUUGUCAAAAUGGUAUUUGAUACUCUGAUUUUCUUGUUGGACUCCAAGUCUGAACUCUUUAAGAUGUAAAAUACUCUCAGGUUUUAGGGAUGAUUUUUUUGGAAUGAGUUUCAGUUAAGUUUGCAUGAAGUGUGCUAGUUAGGAAUUCAAUUGCAUCCUGUAAACCAAGAACCCCAGUUGAUUUUUUGUUAUUUUUUUCUUGGCAUCUAAUUAACACCAAUACCUGGUGCAUGUUUUUGGAAAAUAUGUUGAUCAGAUUUGCAGACUUUGCACCUGUGAAGAUAUAUUAUGCCUUGUGUCACAUGUAUUCUUUUGCAACAGUUGUCCUGAUACUUACGUAAAUUGGUGAAAAAGUGAGUGUUUGAAUUAUUUAGAUGUCAGUACUUACAUGAAUCAGAUGGUCCUGAUGAUGUUGUAACAUUUUAUUUUAGAACUGACAGUCUGCAAUCUUCUUGUUUUAAACGUGUCUGUGGUAGAGACGUGAACAGCACACACAAGCUGUUGGCUGUUAAACUGAUAUUACCUGUUCUAUUUAUUGUGUUGAGUUCGAAGUGUACCACCCAAGUUUCAUAAUACAGGUACUUUACAAUAUUUUCAGCUUGUUAUUAAAUCCACUAGCCAUUGUUUUCUUGCUAUUUUAUGAGCCCAAGCUGUUGGAAUAUGUCAAAAUGUGUUUUGCAAUCUAGUCUGGUGGACAUCUUAAAGCUUACCUGUAUUUUUGAAAUGUAAUAAAGCUAACCAGAAAAUGAAAUACACU